UCUAGUGGUAGAAUAGUACCCUGCCACGGUACAGACCCGGGUUCGAUUCCCGGCUGGUGCAUAUGUGAAGCCGUGAUGAUAGUUGCGCUUUCGUGAUGGUAGGGUCCGUCACAAUCGCCUGAUCACCAGACGAGACAGCAGCGCUUCUGAGCUUCAUCACCUCUUUUCUUUUCCCUCCAAGUUUUUGAUUUUUGAUGUUAACUUGAGAAUUGAAAUGCAAUGCAAAGCAGUGCAAUGCUUAUGCCAAUUUCAAGGACCCAUUUUGUCAGAACACUCAAAAUCUUCUGCAAAUAUUACUCUUCAAUCCUUAACAAAAAUGCGAUCUCCACCAUGGCUUCUUCUACAUCGCUUUCCUACACUUCCCGUGACCUUGACCCACCCUUCUUUAUUGGAGAAACCUGCAAAUCCAUGGACCAACUCAAACAAAUCCACUGCCGAACCAUCAAAAUAGGCCUAACAAAACAACCCAUUUUCCUAAACAAAAUUAUUUCCUUUUGUUGCAUCAAUGAAUCAGGUGACAUGGAUCAUGCACUUAAACUGUUCAAUCAAAUUCCUGAACCAAAAAGUGUCUUCCAUUGGAACACAAUGAUCAAAGGUUAUUCUAGGAUAGAUCGUCCAAAACAUGGGAUUUCAAUGUAUUUAGACAUGUUAAAACGGAAUGUUAAGCCUGAUAAUUUCACUUUUCCUUUCCUGUUAAAGGGUUUUAACAGAAAUGUUGGGUUUUCAUGUGGGAAAGAGUUGCAUGGUCAUGUGGUGAAAUUUGGGUUUGCUUCUAAUGCUUUUGUGCAGAAUGCUUUGAUCCAUAUGUACUCUUUGUGUGGACAAAUGGAAAUAGCACGUGCGGUUUUUGAUAUUAGUUGUAAAAUGGAUGUGAUUACUUGGAAUGUGAUUUUAACUGGAUAUAACAGAGUGAAGCAAUACGAUGAAACUAGUAAGCUUUUUCGCGAGAUGGAGAAGAAUGGACUGAUACCAACUUCGGUUACUUUGGUUUCUUUGCUAUCAGCUUGCUCUAAAUUACGAGAUUUGGAGAUAGGUAAGCGGGUUCAUAAGCAUAUCAAGAAAUGUGAGAUAGAGCCUAAUUUGAUUCUGGAAAAUGCUUUGAUGGAUUUGUAUGCAGCUUGUGGAGAAAUGGAUGUAGCAGUUGGGAUUUUCGAUGGGAUGAAAACGAGGGAUGUGAUUUCAUGGACUACUAUAGUUUCAGGAUUUGUAAAUAAGGGAGAGAUUGAAUUGGCUAGAAAUUAUUUUGAUCAGAUGCCGGAAAGAGAUAAUGUUUCAUGGACUGCAAUGAUUGAUGGGUACAUCAGAGUGAACUGUUUUAAAGAGGCUUUGGUAUUGUUCCGCCAGAUGCAAGCUUCGAAUAUAAGACCGGAUGAGUUCACCGUGGUGAGUAUUCUUACAGCUUGUGCUCAUUUGGGGGCAUUACAAAUAGGAGAAUGGAUAAAGGCUUAUAUUGACAGAAACAAAGUCAAGAAUGAUGUCUUUGUUGGAAAUGCUUUGAUUGACAUGUACUUCAAAUGUGGAAGUGUUGCAAAAGCUCAAAGAGUAUUUUCUGAAAUGCCUCGGAGGGACAAAUUUACAUGGACAGCCAUGAUUGUUGGUCUUGCUAUUAAUGGGCACGGUGAAGAAGCUCUAGGUAUGUUCUCUGAAAUGCUAAGAGCUUCAAUAAAACCAGAUGAGAUAACUUACAUUGGCGUUCUUUGUGCCUGUACUCAUGCUGGCAUGGUAGAUGAAGGAAGAAAGUGUUUUGCUAGCAUGACGACAGAACAUGGGGUUGAACCCAAUGUAGCACACUAUGGGUGUAUUGUUGAUCUUCUAGGCCGAGCUGGACAUCUGCAAGAAGCUUGUGAUGUUAUAAAGAAUAUGCCAAUGAAACCAAAUUCAAUUGUUUGGGGAGCUCUUCUUGGUGGUUGUAGAGUUCAUAAAGACGUAGAAAUUGCUGAAAUGGCAGCCAAACAGAUACUUGAGUUAGACCCUGAAAAUGGGGCUGUUUAUGUUCUGCUGUGUAAUAUAUAUGCAUCUUGCAAAAGAUGGGAUAGUCUGCAUGAACUUAGAGAAUCAAUGAUGGAUAGAGGAAUCAAGAAGACCCCAGGCUGCAGUUUGAUAGAGAUGAAUGGAGUAGUUCAUGAAUUUGUUGCCGGCGACCGGUCACAUCCUCAAUCUAAAGAAAUAUACUUGAAGUUAGAUAAUAUGACAAGUGACUUAAAACUUGCAGGGUAUUCUCCUGAUACUUCUGAGGUGUUCCUUGAUAUAGCGGAGGAGGAUAAAGAAAGCACAUUGUACUGGCACAGUGAGAAGUUGGCUUUGGCUUUUGGGAUGAUUAGCUCUGGACCAGGGGUUACAAUAAGGAUUGUGAAGAACCUUAGAAUGUGUGUAGAUUGUCACCGUGUGGCAAAACUAGUGUCAACGCUGUAUGAUAGAGAAGUGAUAGUUAGAGAUCGAACGCGAUUCCAUCAUUUCAGGCUUGGCUUAUGUUCAUGUAAAGAUUAUUGGUGAGAAUUCAAUAGUACAUAACUAACAAUUCUUUUCCUGAGGUGUAUUUGAUGCCAAUGAAUAAUACAGAUUAGGGCUUCCCUUCCCCAAGUGCAGGCUAGUCCAGUCAAUUUCAGAGACUUUGUUCUACAAUUAUCUUGUACUUUUGCUAUAUAUUGCAAAUAGAUUAUUAGGGACUCGCAGUAUUUUGCAUCAGGUCUGUAGUUAUUUUGAAAAUCUUUUCCGUCAGUGUUCUUGACAAGUGUGCUGCGAGUGCCUGUAUAGUAGUAUAACCAGAAGUAAUUUUCAUAAGCUUCCAGGAUAAUUGUCAUCUUUCUUUUGUUAUUUUUUUCGAG